GUCGUGCGUGCGCGCGUGCGCGGGCCAGAGAGCGGCGCUCGGGGCCCGAGGCGGCUGCGGCGAGGCGGUUCCGCGCUUCAGGCUCCGCGCCUUGACGCCCGCGUCCGCACUGCUCCGCCCGCUGCCCAGGCCGCUCCCGGGGCGCCAAGAUGCCGGCCGUGUCCAAGGGGGACGGGAUGCGGGGCCUGGCGGUCUUCAUCUCUGACAUCCGCAACUGCAAAAGUAAAGAAGCAGAAAUAAAGAGGAUAAACAAGGAGCUGGCGAACAUUAGAUCCAAAUUUAAAGGUGACAAGGCCCUCGAUGGCUACAGUAAGAAGAAGUAUGUCUGCAAGUUGCUCUUCAUCUUCCUCCUUGGUCACGACAUUGACUUUGGCCACAUGGAAGCUGUGAAUCUGCUGAGCUCGAAUAGAUACACGGAAAAACAGAUUGGUUACCUUUUCAUCUCCGUGUUGGUGAACUCAAACAGUGAGCUGAUCCGCUUGAUCAACAAUGCCAUCAAGAAUGACCUGGCCAGUCGCAACCCUACCUUCAUGGGCCUGGCCCUGCACUGCAUUGCCAAUGUUGGCAGCCGUGAGAUGGCCGAGGCCUUUGCUGGGGAGAUUCCCAAGAUCCUUGUGGCGGGGGACACCAUGGACAGUGUGAAGCAGAGUGCGGCCCUCUGCUUGUUGCGCCUGUACAGGACGUCACCUGACCUCGUUCCCAUGGGUGACUGGACGUCCCGAGUGGUACACCUCCUCAAUGACCAGCACUUGGGUGUAGUGACUGCUGCCACCAGCCUCAUCACCACACUGGCCCAGAAGAACCCCGAGGAGUUCAAGACUUCUGUCUCCCUAGCUGUCUCCCGGCUGAGCAGAAUCGUGACAUCUGCGUCAACGGAUCUUCAGGAUUAUACUUACUACUUCGUCCCAGCUCCUUGGCUGUCAGUCAAACUUCUGAGACUGCUACAGUGCUACCCGCCCCCAGAAGACCCUGCGGUACGUGGCCGCCUGACUGAAUGCUUAGAGACCAUCCUGAACAAGGCCCAGGAACCACCUAAGUCCAAGAAGGUCCAGCACUCAAAUGCUAAGAACGCUGUGCUGUUUGAGGCCAUCAGCCUGAUCAUCCAUCAUGACAGCGAGCCCAACCUUCUAGUCCGUGCCUGCAACCAGCUGGGCCAGUUCCUGCAGCACCGGGAGACCAACCUGCGCUACCUGGCUCUGGAGAGCAUGUGCACUCUGGCCAGCUCCGAGUUCUCCCAUGAGGCUGUCAAGACCCACAUUGAGACCGUCAUCAAUGCCUUGAAGACUGAACGGGACGUGAGCGUGAGACAGCGGGCAGUAGACCUACUCUACGCCAUGUGUGACCGCAGCAAUGCCCAGCAGAUUGUGGCUGAGAUGCUGAGCUACCUAGAGACGGCUGACUACUCCAUCCGAGAGGAAAUUGUGCUGAAGGUGGCCAUUCUGGCUGAGAAGUAUGCGGUGGACUAUACCUGGUAUGUGGACACCAUCCUCAACCUCAUCCGCAUCGCAGGUGACUAUGUGAGUGAAGAGGUGUGGUACCGCGUCAUCCAGAUUGUCAUCAACCGUGAUGACGUGCAGGGCUAUGCUGCCAAGACAGUGUUUGAGGCACUGCAGGCUCCAGCAUGCCACGAGAACCUGGUCAAAGUGGGCGGCUACAUCCUAGGGGAGUUUGGAAACUUGAUAGCUGGGGACCCACGAUCCAGCCCUCUGAUCCAGUUUAACCUGCUCCACUCCAAGUUCCACCUGUGCAGCGUCCCUACCCGGGCACUCUUACUGUCCACCUACAUCAAGUUCGUGAACCUCUUUCCAGAGGUGAAGGCUACCAUUCAAGAUGUAUUGCGCAGUGACAGCCAGCUUAAGAAUGCGGAUGUGGAGCUGCAGCAGCGGGCUGUGGAGUACCUGCGACUGAGUACCGUUGCCAGCACUGACAUCCUGGCAACUGUCCUAGAGGAAAUGCCACCCUUCCCUGAGCGUGAGUCCUCCAUCUUGGCCAAGCUGAAGAAGAAGAAAGGCCCAAGCACUGUGACUGACCUGGAGGAGACCAAACGGGAACGGAGCGUCGAUGUGAAUGGGGGCCCCGAGCCCGUCCCAGCUAGCACCAGUGCUGCGUCCACGCCUUCUCCUUCUGCAGACCUGCUGGGUCUGGGGGCCGCUCCUCCCGCCCCCUCGGGGCCCGCUCCCUCCUCUGGAGGCGGGCUGCUGGUAGAUGUCUUCUCAGACUCGGCCUCUGCCGUUGCACCUCUUGCUCCCGGCUCUGAAGACAACUUUGCCAGGUUUGUUUGUAAAAAUAAUGGUGUGUUGUUUGAAAACCAACUGCUUCAAAUUGGACUGAAGUCUGAAUUUCGGCAAAAUCUAGGCCGAAUGUUCAUAUUUUAUGGUAACAAGACCUCCACGCAGUUCCUAAACUUCACACCGACACUAAUCUGUGCAGAUGACCUUCAGGCUCAUCUGAACCUGCAGACCAAGCCCGUGGACCCAACUGUGGAUGGGGGUGCACAGGUGCAGCAGGUGGUCAACAUCGAGUGUGUGUCUGACUUCACAGAAGCUCCUGUCCUCAACAUCCAGUUCAGGUAUGGCGGCACCUUCCAGAAUGUGUCUGUCAAGCUGCCCAUUACACUCAACAAGUUUUUCCAGCCCACAGAAAUGGCUUCUCAGGAUUUUUUUCAACGUUGGAAGCAGCUGAGCAAUCCACAACAGGAAGUGCAGAACAUCUUCAAAGCAAAGCAUCCGAUGGACACAGAAAUCACUAAAGCAAAGAUUAUUGGAUUUGGUUCUGCGCUCCUUGAAGAAGUUGAUCCUAACCCUGCAAAUUUUGUGGGUGCUGGCAUCAUACACACCAAAACCACCCAGAUCGGCUGCUUGCUGCGCCUGGAGCCCAAUCUGCAAGCCCAGAUGUACCGACUCACUCUGCGGACGAGCAAAGAUACUGUCUCUCAGAGACUAUGUGAAUUGCUGUCAGAACAGUUCUAAUCCACAGGCCAGAAGAUCAGGCUCAUGUGUUUGUGCGUCUCUCUUGUCUCUACCGUUUGUCCUCGUACACUGCAGAUAAACACCCCUUGUCUGAAAACUGCCAUGCAAGGCACCUCCAGCCCCGCACCUCCAGCCGGCCCCUGGGGUGUGGAGGGAAUGCAGGACACAGUUGGAGAAGGGCUGCAGCAGGCCUGCCCCAUCAGGGAAGGGUGCCUGGGCCUGUAAAGCAAGGCAGCCCUGUGCUAACCUACAAAUUAAAGGGAAAUUAGACAUUUGAACGAAAGUGGAAAUUUUUGUUCAAAUUUUAUUAAAAUGCCACUCACUUGAUCUCAGAGCCCAGGAAUAGUGCCAUGUGCUUGUAGAAUUAAUGCUGGGUUGUGGCCAUGCUGGAUGGUGACAGCAGUGGCUGGAGGCAUGUGACCCCAUGGGCAGUGUAUCCUAGGGUUUGCUGGAGCAUGACCUGAUAGUGCUGGAAGUGCUUGUGUUUGUGACCAUUGGCAAACCCCUUGCCCCACUCACUGAGGACAGUCCUGUGCCCAGCACCCCAGUGUUCUUGAAGUGACAUUUGUGACAUUUGUACCACUUAUUUGAGACUUAGGUUUACAUCUUGGUGGACAGCGGGUUCCUGGUGGCUCUGGAGGACAUGGCAUCACACACCCUUUGUUAUGGCGACUGCACUGACUCUGGUUCAUUCUGGGCACUGGAGAGUUGAGUGGGGUGGUGGAGUGAGACUUCCUAAGGAGUACUUAUCUCCAGACGGUCUUGCGGGGGCCUCAGUGCUGCAUUCCUGCUCCUGUGCAGCCCUGGCUUGAUGUUGGGUGGUGGAGGGAGGCCCAGGUAUGGUCAGAAAGUGGGAGGCUGAAGACUGCAGCCCAGGCAGGUGCUGUGUCAGGGGGCACUGGGCCAUUAGCUCGAGUGCUAUGGCUCAUGGCUUAUCUUUCUGUGGCAUUGCACUGUAUAUAAAGCCUGUUGGGGAAGAGCAGUGACCAGGGCAGAGGCCUCGGGGAGGCCCCUGGGAGAUGACGCCUGGGAUUGGCACACAUCCUGCUGCGGAAGUUUGAACACAUGGUGGUGGUGGUGGUGCCCCUUGCUCACCAGAGCACCAGGCAUGGUCAUAUAUACAUAAGGUCCUUUGCCUUAGCCUCAGGCCAGCAGCCUUCCAUGGCUGGUCUGAGGAUAGCUGCAGGGUCCUAUCCCACUGAAGCUCCUUCAGUCCCAUUCAGAACAACCAUGCUGCUUACUGGCCCUCGUGUUCCAUGAAGCCCGUGGUCUGGCUCUUGACUAUCUUCACUGCUAUGACACAGGCUUGUGCUACAGAUGGACUGUCUGGCCGAGGCCACGACAAGCCUCUGUGUCUCUUUGCUCCAGUGGCUGGAGUCCCGAGCAUGUGAUCCACGUACUGCUGCAUGGACCAUGUAGACAGUUCAGCCUGUGUGGCUGUGGCUUGUGUGCCAUGAGCUACCCGGUGAUGGUCCCGGCUCAGUAAUGCCCCAGCCCAGGAAGGUUGCUGGGGCACAGGCCCGCCCUCUGUGCUGCGUGGGCGUCCAUCAGUGCAGUGUGCUUGUUCUCAGAGAAAAAAAAUAAACGCUAGGACAGGAAGCUGGA